AUGCCGAAAAUCAACAUUAAAGUGGUAGCUGCGGAAUCUCUAUACAAAAGAGAUGUAUUUCGCCAGCCGGAUCCAUUUGCUGUGAUCACCAUUGACGGAUCGCAGACGAAAACCACAAAAACUGCUCGGAAAACUUUGAACCCGUACUGGAACGAAUCUUUCAAUUUGGAUGCUUCAGAAGACUCGAUUCUCGUCAUUCAAGUGUUUGACCAGAAAAAAUUCAAAAAGAAGGACCAAGGUUUCUUGGGUGUCGUCAAUGUACGUUUGGGCGAUGUGAUUGACUUGUCUUUACCAAGCUCUGAGGAAACAAUCACGCGGGACUUGAAAAAGUCCAACGAAAAUUUGGCUGUUAGCGGACGUGUCAUUAUUGUUCUUAGUCAUUCUUCGAACAGCAACGGUGCCUCUACUAACAACAACGUUUCCUCUUCCAACGGACAUCUACUUCCUCCAACAACUCCUCACCCUGAAACAUCGUCACCUUCUGCCGAUUCUGGCUCAAACAGACAAUACUCUUCAUUCGAGGAUCAGUACGGUAGAUUGCCACCUGGAUGGGAAAGACGCACAGACAACUUUGGCCGUACUUACUACGUUGACCACAACUCUCGCACGACCACAUGGCAGAGACCUACGCUAGAACAGUCUGAGUCUGAGCGUGGUCAACAAAGACAAGAUACCACCGAGGCUGAAAGAAGGCAACACCGUGGACGUACCUUACCAGGAGAAACGCCACAAUCUCCAACCUUGAGCUCGGAAAAUGUCAGCACCGCUGGGCUGAUCACUGUCAAUUCCACGGGAGCAAAUACUCCUGUUAGCCCAGCAGCGGCUGUUUCCAUGGCUGCUACUGGUGCAACCACUAGAGGUUUGGGCGAGUUACCUUCAGGUUGGGAACAAAGAUUUACCAACGAAGGUAGACCCUACUUUGUGGACCACAACACACGUACUACCACAUGGGUUGAUCCUAGAAGACAACAGUACAUUCGGACGUUUGGCCCUAAUACCACAAUCCAGCAGCAACCUGUCAGUCAGUUAGGCCCAUUACCUUCGGGCUGGGAAAUGCGUUUGACGAACACUGCAAGAGUAUACUUUGUUGACCACAACACGAAAACUACAACUUGGGAUGAUCCACGUCUUCCUUCAUCCUUAGACCAAAAUGUUCCGCAGUACAAGAGAGAUUUCCGCCGGAAAGUGAUUUACUUCCGCUCACAACCAGCAUUGCGCAUCUUGCCUGGCCAGUGCCACAUCAAGGUCAGAAGAGAUCACAUUUUUGAGGACUCGUAUCAGGAGAUCAUGAGACAAACACCGGACGAUUUGAAAAAGAGAUUGAUGAUCAAAUUUGACGGUGAAGAGGGUUUGGACUAUGGUGGAGUAUCGCGUGAAUUCUUCUUUUUGCUUUCGCAUGAUAUGUUUAACCCAUUCUAUUGUCUUUUCGAGUACUCAAGUCACGACAACUACACUUUGCAAAUUAACCCUAAUUCUGGUAUUAACCCAGAGCAUUUGAACUAUUUCAAGUUCAUUGGCCGCGUGGUUGGCUUGGGUGUCUUCCAUAGGCGUUUCUUGGAUGCAUUUUUUGUUGGAGCGUUAUAUAAAAUGAUGUUGCGAAAGAAAGUGGUUUUGCAAGAUAUGGAAGGUGUGGAUGCGGAGUUUUACCGAUCUUUGCAGUGGAUCAUUGACAAUGAUAUUACAGGUGUGUUGGAUCUUACGUUCAGUGCAGAGGAUGACAAGUUUGGCCAAAUUGUUGAGGUGGAUUUGAAGCCUGGUGGAAGAGACAUUGAAGUAACAGAAGAAAACAAGCACGAAUAUGUUGAGUUGAUCUGUGAGUGGAAGAUCUACAAAAGAAUCGAGGAACAAUUUAAGGCAUUCAUUGAUGGUUUCAAUGAAUUGAUUCCUCAAGAAUUGGUAAACGUCUUCGAUGAACGAGAGUUGGAAUUGUUGAUUGGUGGUUUGGCUGAAAUCGAUGUUGAGGACUGGAAAAAGCACACUGACUAUAGAGGCUACCAAGAGAACGACCAGGUAAUCCAAUGGUUCUGGAAGUGCAUUAAAGAGUGGGACUCUGAACAGAAGGCCAGAUUGUUGCAGUUCACUACUGGUACCUCCAGAAUUCCUGUCAAUGGUUUCAAAGAUUUGCAAGGCUCUGACGGACCUAGAAGAUUUACUAUUGAAAAAGCUGGAGAGCCAAAUCAAUUACCAAAGUCCCACACAUGCUUUAACAGGGUGGACUUGCCCCCAUAUACUUCUUACGAAAGCUUAAAGCAGAAGCUUACGUUGGCAGUUGAGGAAACAGUGGGUUUUGGUCAAGAGUAA